CAAAUUUCCAAAACAAAUUUUGAUUUCGGUCAAAGUACUCGAACAGUGAAGUAGUGAAUGCCAAUUUCUCCCUGAAACCACCGGAAACAAAUUAUGUCGGACAAAGUGAAAUUCGUUCUAACUACAUCAGCUGAAUAUUUUGAUACAUCCUCCCAUGUCAGUCAAGACGAGCACAAACUGUUGGUCCGGGAGUUCUUUGAAAGUGACGAAAUUACAAUAUUGGCUGCAACCAAACAGGAUUCGAAAAUCCAAUUUCAUCAUCGGAUUCCAAACGACCAACAUUGUUUACUAUUCUACAAAAUUCCUCACGUUGGAAAUGGCCAGCCGAGUGUGAACUCAUUGGGCUUAUUAACGCUUGAGGGUGGCAUGGUCAAAUCAAUAUACAAUUCAGUUGCCCGAGUGUUCUCUCCACAUGUUUCCAAAAGGAGCGACUACAGCCCCGAGCUGACAGGACUAUUGGAAAAUUUGCAUGUGUCACUGGGCUCGACAUUGGGAUUACCGCAAACAGGAAUUGCAAGUGUACAGGAUGAAAUAAACUUUUGGAAAGCAAAAAUGCUGAACUCGCCAACCAAAUCAGGCAAAGAACAAGCUCAAACGUUCAUUUCAAUUCUGGAGAAGAUCAACAAGCAAAUCAGACAAAUUGACCAAAACUCCCUGAACACGGUCGAAGAAUUUCUGGAUUCUGCACACAACAACUUGGAUGAAAUAUGGCGCCUACCAUACCACUACCCACAGAAUCGGAUGGCAGAUUUGAUGGAUGUUAUUUGUAAUCAAAUAGUUGAGACGUGCAUUGAGAAUCUAAUGAACGAGGACGUCUGGAAUGUCAGCUCCUACCACAUUAACAAUCUAAUGAACCAAGUUCUGGAUAUAACCGAGUCCUGGAUGCAACUUUGCGAUUCGUUAACGAGACUCUUCUGGCCCAAUUACGGCCAGCACCCGUGGAUUGGGAAGCCGCAUUCACCACAGCAAGGACAUCUAUUCAAGGAGCGGUUAUCCGAAAUUAAGGGUAUAAAGAAUUUGUAUAAGCAAAUAAUUACGUUGCUUGAUGAUCAUGAAAUAAGGAAUAUGCUGUCGUGGAAUUCCCCAUUCAAGAGCAUAAAUGUUUUCGACACCACAGCCGUUGGACAGAAGAAGUGGAACAAAGCUUUGCAGCAAUUCGAGCAACUCCUGCAGCCAAUAGACGAGCGAAUCGCAUUGGGUAUUAAAUAUGAACUCCAUCAUCAUUUGAACAAUCCCCGGCAAGUGAUUUUCAUAUUUUCCAAAUAUGACACCUUAAUACAACGACCAAUGAUCCUGGAGCUACUUACAACUGAACGCGAACAAUUUUUGCAAUCGUUACAACUCUUGCUGCAAGAUUUGAAGAAAGCUAUGAACGAUACCAACGUCGAACCUCAUGUUGGUCAUCUUUCGACACUAUGCAACGAAUGCAGAUGGCUGAAGGUUGUUCAACAUCAACUUGACGAAAUUGAGAAAGUUCGCCACUUAAUAGAUGGGCGUGAGGGCUACGAAAAAGUCAAUGAAACUCUGCAGGAAAUGAAGGAGGAAGUGGAGACGUUGCUGAAGACCAACUUCGAAAUCUGGAGUGAAAAAUGUUCAUCAGAGAUUAAAAGUGGCGAACUGAGGCUUCGUGAGGACCAGCCCGUAGUACAAUUCGAAAAAGAGGGUAAACAAUUGAUGCGGGUCACGUUCAACCCCAAACUGGUAACAUUUUGUCAGGAUGUUCGCGAAUUCGAAAAUUUAGGAUAUCGUGUACCAAUCGAACUUCGCUCCGCCGCCACACAUGCUACAAAAUUUAUGGGCUAUGCUCGACGCCUACAACAAAUUGCCACUUUCCAUAACACCAUUGGCGACCGAAUGAUUCCCUGUCAGAGGCCGAUAAUGCUCAAGAGUGCAAUUGAAUUAUCGAAACUGGUACAAAGUGAAUCUGUCGCUUGGAAUGACGAGGAGUCCGUUAAAAAUUAUGUUAGCAAACUGCAGGCGGCCGUUAACCAACUAUCCAAUGAUAAUAAUAUGCUGGCGGGAUACCAUGAACAAGCCAAACGAACGGUAGUUAAGUUAAUGAACACGGAUUUAAUGUCGCAAGGGCAAGUGUGGAAAGAUGAAAUGCGCCAUUUACGAGAAAUAGUUGCCACAAUUCAGAGCAAAGGAUUCAACAAUUUAGACGCUUUUAAACUGCACUGGGAUCAUCAGCUGUACAAAGUCCUGGAGUAUCAAUAUAUUCUCGGCCUGAUCGAUAUGAACAACAAACUGCCUGAUAUAAAUAUUGAUAUUGUCUUUCGUCAACAACAACUUCAGUUUCGUCCCACCGAGGAGGAGAUACGUCUUCAGUACUACAGCCAAUUACGAAGAUUUAUAGAGCGUCCAUUGGGCUUUCGAGGACUUUCUGAUAACAGUAGCGAGUUGUUUAAAAUUAUGGUUGAAAGGAAUCGACAUCAUUUUGGGCCACUCUUCGACAGAGCCGAAGAACUGUUCAACAAGUUAACCGAACUGAAGAUGCUCUGGAUACCGUGGAUUGCACUAGGAUGUGUCGAUAUUGAGCAACUUUGCGCUGUCCAUUUGACCAAAUGGGAGGACUGGGACGAGAGUUUCAAAGCAUGUAAACAUUUUAGUCAGGAGGUGGCGAAGAUUCAGAAUACAGAAGAAACAAUCGAUUGCUUCGUGGUAAACAUCCUCCCAUUACGAACUGAUAUAGAAGCAAUUAGCCGACGUUACUGGGAAGCACUAUCAACAAGCCUCAAAACAUCUAUCUUAAAUGAUGUAUCCAUCAUUCAAGAGUAUCUUCAUUCAUCUCUUCAGUUUCUACAAAACGUCCCCAUGGACGAGGCAGGCAUUGCAGAAUCAGGCGCUAAAUAUGAAAGGAUAGUUGCAGAACUGCCUAAGAUCACAGAAACACUAAAUCUAGUCAAAGGGAAAAACACCUGUUUAGCUGGAUGGUGCAAAGAACGUGUGUCGGCCCUGAGUGAAAUUCUAAAUCAAUGGAACAAGCUCCAGCCUCUUAUCGAAAACCACUCAGUUGUCCUUCAGCGUCAAGUUGAAAUCAUGCGUGACCACAUAACUACGCAACUCACAAACAUCAAAGAUGAGGCAGAAAAGUUUGCGUUGCGCUGGGAGUCCACCAUCGCAGAACUGGAAUCAAAUCCUGAUUCAACCUUGGAACUGUUCCAAGAACGACAACAGCAUUGGAAAGCAAUUUUGGAAAAAAGAGGCAAACUCCUUCUGGAAUGCGAAAAAUUCAACACCGAUUUUCCAGCAGAUGUAAAGGAAGUUUUCGACUCAAUUGAAGCCAAGCUCAAUACUUUGGGACAACAAUGGGAAGUUUAUAAAACAUUCCUAGCAGAACUAGAAGAAAUUUCAAAAGAAGAUUGGGCUAUUUAUAGACGACGACCUUAUAUUUUCACCGAGUUUCUGAAUAAUUGGAAAACAUCUGUGGAUUCGUCAUUAGACACUGCUUCUUCAAGAAUAAGGAAGUCUGUGGAGCAGUAUCAAGCGGCACUACCAGUUUUACAGCAGCUGCAAUCAGACUCAUUAACUGACAGGCAUUGGGCUAGAGUUUUUCAAAUUUUGAACAUCGAACACAAGCCAGCACAUAUGAUUUGUCUUGGGGAUUUGUUGAAGCAAGCAUCCGGUUUAAUUCGAAAUUCAGAUGAAAUUCAUAACUUAGUUCGACAAGCGUCGUCUGAGCAAAUUGUAAGACAAGCUCUCAACGAACUUGAUCAAUGGGCAGUGACUGCUACUUUAAAACUGACAAGUCAUACAAAUUCUGCAGGAGUCAAUGUUCCUCUUUUAAAAGAUACACAAGAAGUUUUGAAUAAAAUCGGAGAUAAUCAGUCACUACUGCAGUCUGCUAAGAAUUCGGCUGCCUUUGACACAUUUGCUGAUCAAGCAGAAAUCUGGGAGCACCGACUAAAUAGUCUUGAUAAUAUCCUGACAAGUUUAAGCCAGGCUCAACGGAAGUGGGUCUACCUUGAACCAGUCUUUGGAGCAGGCACAUUGAAAAAUGAAGAGGCUUUAUUCCGCAGAAUUGAUAAAGAUUUUCAAUAUAUUAUGCGAGAAAUUUACAGCGACAACCGAGUCUUAUCGGUCCUCAAAAUCAACAACAUUUCUUCAAUAAUAGCAUCCCUAGAAAACCAGCUUUCCCGAUGUCAAAAUACGUUAAUUUCCUAUAUCAUGGGCAAAAGAAAUGCUUUCCCGAGAUUCUACUUCAUUGGCGAUGAUGACCUUCUAGAAAUAUUAGGGCAGGCAUCUAAGCCUGAAAUCAUCCAAAAGCAUAUCAGCAAACUAUUUCCGGGAAUCCAUUCCUUAGUCGUCGAAGAUUCAGUUAACAAAUUGAUCAUUACUAAAGCAUGCACUGCGGAAGGGGACUCAGUGUAUUUGGCCAAGCCGGUUGAAAUCACAGGAGCAAUUGAGAAUUGGUUGAACCAGCUAGUUCAAUCCAUCCAGGAAACCCUAAAGAAUGAAAUAAUCAACUGUUCUCAAAUUGGAGAGCUAAAUAAUGAAGCUCUGAACAAAUAUCCGAUGCAAGUCAUUUGUGUCGCGAGAGGGAUUCAGUUUACGAAGCAAACCGAAAGAGCAAUCUCCUCAAUGUCACUAUCUUCCGCACUAAAAUCUAUUCGCGAUGAGAUUUCUAAAUUUGCUUCUAUGAAGAAUCAGACACAGAAUUCACUUCUUCAGAUUAAACUUCGCGGUUUAUUGUUAGAUCUAGUCCACUACGCAACUAUUCUGGAGCAUCUAGUUGAAGCGAAUGUGACCAAUGCGAGCGACUGGAAUUGGCUUCAGGAAAUCAAAUUCUAUUUGAACAAAGAGUCGAAAGUGGUUAUCAAAAUGGGAUAUGCCGAAUUCGAAUACUCUUACGAGUUUCUUGGAAAUCCGAAUAAGCUUGUCCACACAUCGCUGACACAUAAAUGCUAUCUAACUCUGACGCAGGCGAUGCACUUAGGAUUGGGAGGAAAUCCUUUUGGGCCAGCUGGCACAGGAAAGACUGAAUGUGUGAAAGCUUUGGGUGGAAUGCUGGGACGAUUGGUUUUGGUAUUUAACUGUGAUGAGAACUUAGAUGCGGAGGCCAUGGGAUUAAUAUUAACAGGACUGGCACAGUGUGGAGCAUGGGGUUGCUUCGACGAAUUCAACCGGUUGCAAGAGGCAACUCUUUCUGCUAUUUCAAUGUUGAUACAGCCAAUCCAAACUGCACUGAAAGAAAAAUCUAAAGAAGUUGAAAUAUUGGAGAAAACUGUUCCCUUAAGCCAACAUUGCGGUAUAUUUGUCACACUGAAUCCAGCUGGAGAAGAAUAUGGCGGACGACAACAACUACCUGGAAAUUUGCAGGCUUUAUUCCGGCCAAUAGUUAUGCAACAGCCAGAGCCACGAGAAAUCCUCCGGGUUAUGCUUUUCGUUGAAGGAUUCAAAGAGGCUGAUAAAAUUGGCAAUCGUAUUGUCGAACUAUUCGAUCUCAUUCAGAAAACACUUUCUGCUCAGAAGCAUUAUGACUGGGGUUUAAGGGAACUGAAAACAAUUUUAUUAGCUUGCGGAAGGGAAAUCCGAGAAAAUUUGGGAAUUCAAAAUGAGACUAGUGAAAUGAAAAUUGCUGUACGCGCUCUUAAAUCUAACACAAUGUCGAAACUUAACAAUUCAGAUAGUCGAAGAUUCAACACUCUCUUAGAAAAUGUAUUUCCAGAAGUGACAUUAGAUUCCAGUGAUAUUUCCGAUUUUCAAACAAUUUUGGAGCAAUCUAUGUCAGCACUUGGCCUUCAAGAAAAUCGGAAACAAAUCUCGAAAUGUCUACAACUCCGUGAGCAACUUACAAAGCGUAUGGGGGUUGUAAUUGUUGGGCCACCCAGUUCUGGAAAGUCAACCCUAAUUUCUAUUCUUCGACAUGCUUUAAUAACAGAAGGUAAAACUGUGCGGUCAUAUGUGAUCAGUCCAAAAUCGAUGAGCCGUGUUCAGCUUUUGGGAAAACUUGACCCUGAUACGCGCCAAUGGACCGAUGGUGUUCUAACAUCAGUAGCAGCCACUGUCAGUUCAGAACCAGCUAAUAUUUCAUCGUGGAUUAUAUGUGAUGGAGAUGUUGAUCCCGAAUGGAUAGAAGCCCUGAAUUCAGUUUUAGAUGAUAACAAGCUUUUAACACUACCGUCCGGAUGGAGAAUACAAUUUCGCGAUAAUGUGAAUUUUAUAUUCGAAACACAUGACUUAUCGCAUGCUUCCCCUGCAACAAUCUCCAGAAUGGGAAUAAUAAAUUUAAGCUCAGACGACCUGCAUCAAGAUACACUUAUCGAGUCCUGGCUAACAAAGCAAGAAGAAAGUGCAGACCUGCUGAAAUCACUCUUGGACCAAUAUUUGAAUGCCGCAAUACAAAGCUUGCUGAAGGAAGCUUCGAGGAUAAUUGUGCCGAGUGUUUGCAUAGUAAAGUCGAUACUGGCAAGCAUCAGAAAAUGCCGGAGCAAAGAUGAAUUUAUUGUCCGUCUGACGAAAACUUUGCUGUCUUACAUCCCCAUUGAUAUGCAGAAUAGUUUCGCAAAUGAAAUGCUGGAAAUGGCUAAUAUUUACGUACCAAACUCAUCGAAAGCGGAAUUUUUGUAUUUUAAUAGCCCCCGGGACACAGUGGAAAUCUACGAAACUGACUACAAUAACCAAACAUUUGGGAAUGGAGUUCAUUUGAUUCUAACGGGGCAAGCCAAGGCAUAUUUGGAUAGUUUGCGAAACUUUCUUGAGGGCUCUUGCAAUCCUUUCAUCAUAGUGGGGCCGUCCGGAAGCGGUAAGACGAUAUUGCUUCAACAAGCUUCUUCGGAACUUUCAGGCUACCAACUAAUAGUUGUGAACUGCAGCAGACAAUUAACCCCCAACUACAUUUUGCAUUGUUUGAAGCAGAACUGCUUGCUUGUAUCAGGAUUGAAAGGACGAGAAUACAAACCGCAACAGUCUCGAAUUUUAUUAUUUUUAAAAAAUAUCGACUUACUGUUUGUGGAUAAAUGGGGAACGAGUGACGUUAUUGAGUUGCUCUUACAGUUGAUUCAAAGAAACGGAUUCUACUCGGAUUCACUUGAAUGGAUAAAUGUGUCAGGUCUUCAAGUCUGUGCAUCAAUGACAUCGAAUAAUUCAAAGCAGAACCUAUCCCCACGGUAUUUAUCUAUAAAUUCCUAUUUAUCUGUUGGGUACCCAUCAACAGAGGAUAUGCAAAUAAUUGUGCAUAAUCAUCUCCAAGUGAUUUUGGAGCGAUUCAAGAGUUCUCCGAAGAUAUCAACUGUCGUGGAAAAUUUAAUGCAAUUCUUUGAGGAGCUCCAGCUAAACUUUACAGUAGACAAACAAGUUCACUAUAAUUUCACUCCAAAAAUGAUCCUCAACUUCAUUGAAAGGCUGGGCAACUACCCUGAAGAGGAUUUCAACGAUGCUCUAAUAACUGAAUUACGUUCAAUGUUUCGAUGGCGCCUUUCCACGGUUGCUGAUCUCCAACUGUUUGACUCCAUCCUUCAUAAUCACUUCGAAAAUUUCAUCAGGGCGGAUUCAGGAGAGGAAUACUAUCUGAUCCCGAAAUCUCCAGAUUGUUCAAUUCUAAAAAGUGUUAAGGAAGAAGAAUGGCGAGAAACAAUUCAAAAGUUAUGCGCUAUUUGCAAUACGGAAUCUUUCAGCAUUAAUGAAUGCAUCACAACAGAACUUCUCCAGCAAAUCGCUGUAGUUUCAAGAAGUAUUUUACGCCCUGGUACAAGUAUUGUCCUGGUUGGACAACCCGGAUGUCGUCGAACGGAAUCCUUAUAUCUAACAGCACAACUGCUUGCUUGCAAAAUUGUUUUGCCACAAGGCAUCAAGAAUUACAGCCUAGCAGACUUUUAUAAUGACCUCAAACUUGCUAUGCAAUCUGCCGCCCUGGACGAUCAAACUACAAUUCUUCUAAUCGACCAUUAUUGGCUAACAUUUCUACCUGACAUUCUCAAACCCAUCGAGGCUAUCUUACAGGGUAGUGAAAUCAUAGAUCUCUUCGGUGAAGAUCUAGAGUCAAUGGCUAGCCCACUAAAGAGUGCUGCACAACUUGAAGGCUAUCAAGAAUCCUUGACAUCAUAUUUCCUUAGGAGAGCUCAAAAGAAUCUACGCCUAACCCUAACACUGGAUUCCGUCAAUUGUAACUUACAGAAUCUUCUAAGCACGUAUCCAUCUUUAUACAGAAAUGCUGAAUUUAUAUGGAUGCAUCGUCCACCCACGGACUCAUUAAUCGCUACACCAAAAGAGUGGAUUUCUUUCCUAAAUCGAAGUGAUCAGGAAAUUCCCAUAAGUUCUUACUUUAUGAAAUUCGCGUCUACAUUCCAAGAAUAUUCACCGAAUAAAUUUUACUACGCUUUGUCCACUUAUUUCUAUAUAUAUGUUGCGUUCUACGAUUCAACAAAAAAUCGACUACAAAAACUCAAGAUGGGUGUGGAAAAACUACUUUCUGCCAACAAAGUGGUUGCCUCUCUAAAGGAAGAAGCAACAAAGCAAGAAGUCGCAUUAGGAGAGAAACGCAAAUUGGCCAAUGAUGCUCUGGAAAUGAUUUCUAUGACCAUGCGCAAUGCAAACGAUCAAAAAACCGAUAUGUUAGCUUUACAAAAGAAAACUCAAGAAGGCAGUGAAAAACUGAAAGAUCGCCAAAAAGCAAUUGAGCAAGAGCUGAAAGAGGUUGAACCUGUUCUUCGAGAAGCAAGUGCGGCGGUUGGACAAAUCAAAUCAGAAGCUUUAUCUGAAAUACGAUCCUUACGGGCACCCCCUGAAAUCAUCCGUGAUAUUUUGGAAGGAGUAUUGCGUCUUAUGGGAACACGAGAUACUUCAUGGAACAGCAUGAAGUCAUUCUUGGCUAAACGUGGUGUUAAAGAGGAUAUUCGUUCCCUUGAUCCAGCUCGUAUCACAUCAGAAAAUUGUGAGGCUGUUGAAAAACUCCUCAAAGCAAAGGCAGAAUCCUUUGAUGUGAAGAAUGCUAAACGUGCAUCUGCAGCUGCUGCGCCCUUAGCUACAUGGGUAGUCGCAAAUGUGCGUUAUUGUAGAGUUAUUCAAAGUGUAGAACCUUUACAAAGGGAACAAAAUGAACUUCAAAAAGGAUUAACGAUGGCUGAGAAUCAAAUGAAGUCACUGCAAUCCGGACUGAGUGAUGUUGAUGCAAAAGUUAAGGAACUAUCAGCCAAACUUAACAGCUACACACAAGAAGCAGCUGUGCUCGAAAUAAAACUAGAGGAGGCUAGAAACACACUAAAAUCUGCUGAAGUGCUAGUUGAUAAGUUGAGCUCAGAAUUUUCGAACUGGAAUAAGCAAUUGGGCGAAUAUGAAGAAACAUAUAAAACUUUGGAUUCGAAGUCAUUUUGGAUCGCGAUAUCGAUCAACUUUUAUUCAGACUUGGAUUACCAAGACCGCAGUAUAAAACUUACAACUAUGGCAAGACAACUCGGGAUUGAAACCUUCAAUAUAACCAAAAACCUAAUUUCCGAACAAGAACAAAUUAUUUGGGAAAGCAUGGGCUUAACACGCGAUGUUCAAGCCAUUGAGAAUGCUGCCCUUCUCACGAAACUUAUCGAACUACCAUUUACAUCUUGUCCAAAUCCACUCCUGUUAGAUCCUUCCGAAUCUGCAUUCAAAUGGUUGAGCGAAUAUCUGAAGACCAUAUCGAAACCUUUCGAAACAAUAUCUCAGAAUUCGGAGAAGCUUACAUACACACUGGAACUCGCUGUUCGCUUUGGAAAAAUCAUUCUCAUUCAAGAUUGUGCAGAAAUCGAACCCCCGCUUCUGCAACUUUUACCAGGCAGGGUAUUCUCUAAAUUUAACAAAAAAAUUAUUCAAGUUGGAAGCAAGAUGGUUGAUCUACAUGAAAAUUUCAAAGUUAUUAUGUUCACUAAACUCAAUACGCUAAACAUUGGAUCAGAUAUUAGUCCUUACAUAGCAAUGGUUCGCUUUACAAUUACUGAAGCAGGACUAACAGAUCAGUUAAUGUCGAAAACGAUUCAGACUAAGCGCCCAGAACUGGAACAAAAACGAAUAAAUUUAUUGAAAAAUGAAGGUAGCCUGUUAGUUCAAAAGACACAGCUCGAAGAUAAACUGCUUGAAGUUCUAUCAACUUCACAUGGAGAUAUUCUGAAAAAUGAAAAACUGCUAGAAACUCUAAAUGAAGUAAAGGAAAGCAGCGCACAUAUCGACCAAUCCCUGAUCGAGUCUGAAAACAUCAAAAAGACCUUACAAGAUGACUACAAUCAGUACAAAGGACUUUGCUCCAAAGUUUCAAGUUUUUAUAUCGGAAUCUCCAAGUCGUAUGAUAUAUCUAUUACGACCUUUAGAAAUCUUUUUCUCAAAAGUCUCCAGUAUAUGUUGGACAACGAUGACGAAGAGAAGAUAUACUCUCAUCUGGUUAAAAUUACAUAUCAAUAUUUAGCACGUUCGAUAUCAAAGUCCGAGCAUCUAGCGCUUGGGCUAUUCAUAUGCAAAACUGCUUUCCCCGACAACAUCUCUGACACUGAAUGGGAGCUGUUUAUCACCAACUUCACUAUUGGGGAUUACACUUCUGCUAUAUCGACCCCCACGUGGAUUAAAAAGGAACUAAUCCCCAAGAUUUUGGCAUUCAAAUCAAAUCUACCCGAAGUGUUUCAAAACGCCCAGCUUGAGGAUGAAAACCUAUGGAAGCGAUUCGCCGACACUAAUGAAAAAAUAAAUAUUCCGGUCAAGAUGUCAGGAUUUCAGAACAUUCUUGUGACAGAGCUGUUUAGGCCUGACUUGAUGUAUUCAGAAAUGAAUAAAGUAGUCUCUUCGAUGGUCGGUAUCAGAUCCGGAUCAUUUAUACAGCCUACGAUCGAUCAAUUGGUUGAAGAAAGCACUCCAAACACACCCAUUCUACUUAUAACUGAGAUUGGUAACGAUCCUUCCAACGAAAUAUCCGACGCAUGUUUGAAAAAGUUGGGGAAAGGGAUGUACAUCGAAUUGGCUAUAGGGAAAGGAAUGGAAAACAAAACAAUGACUCAAGUCAGUCAAGCGUCGCAGACAGGAAAGUGGAUUUGCAUCAAAAAUGUCCACUUGGUGCCGUCAUGGCUAACUAGGCUUGAGCGAGAAAUAUCAACAUUCGAUCCAAACCCAAAUUUCAAGCUUUGGUUGAUUUGUGAAACGAACAAGUCAUUCCCAAAAUCCUUCGAAUCAAAAUGCAUAAAAAUUCUGUACGAAUCUCCGAACGGUUUGAAGAAUAAGAUACGCAAACUAAUGCUUCAAUGGAAUCAUUUGAUCACAAGUCGAAGUCGUGACCCCAAAUUGACGAAAUUAUUUAUUAUAAUCUUCAUCCUCAAUGCUAUCCUCCAGGAACGAAGAAAUUACAUUCCUCAAGGAUGGUCAAAGUGGUAUGAAUUUAAUGACUCUGAUCUUAGAGCCGGAGUCGAAAUUUUCAACUGGCUUUUCCAAACAUCGACCACCAGUCGAAUUGAAUGGCGAAUUCUGCAAGGACUCUUCGAUAACUUAGUAUACGGCGGGAAAGUCAAUAAUCAACGCGAUUUUGAAGUUCUAGAUGCGCACUUGAAAGAAUUUUUCCAAGAUGCCGUCAUGAGCAACCGAUGGUCGCCACUAGACUUAAAAGUGGUCAUACCAACAUCAACUAAUAUCGAGGAUUAUUACGAAGCAAUCGAACAAAUUUCAGAUGUGGAUAACCCUGAACAGUUUGGACUGUCUGCAUUGUCGAAUAUUUCUCGGGAUAUGAACGCGUGUAAAAAUGCAAUAAAAACUUUAAGAAGUGCAUAUUUUCAAAAUGAGGACCAGCAAAGUCUAGAAAAACGUAUUAGACCGAUUUUGAAUCAAUGGAAAAAGUUAGCCGCGAAUGCUACUGUUCUGGAAACUUCUAAGCGAAUUGACGAAUCGAAAAUUACUAACCCCUGGGUAGACUUUGUUACAUCUGAGCUACAGUUGGGUGGGAAAUUACACAAAGAGAUUCAUACAACAUUAGUGUAUCUCCAUAACUUAAUGAAGAAUACUAAGUCUCAAACUGAUCAAGAACGCAGUUUGAUAUCUACCUGCGCAAGUAAUCAGGUACCUCUUAGCUGGAAAAAACUUUGGUCUGGACCAAAAUCCAUCACUGACUACAUUAAGGCUGCCGUAGUUCGCGCAUCAGAGGCUGAGAGACGUUACAAAACUGAUUUUCAUUUAGAUUUCAGCAAUGAAAUCAACUUAGCAAACGUUUUCAAUCCAGAAGCCUUCUUAUCGUCAUUAAAAUUGGUUAAUGCGCAACGACUUGGAAAAUCUGCAAGCGAGUUGAUUUUAACGCUGAAUCCGUUAGCAUCAAAUCUAGUGGCUGUAAAAUUGGCACCGUUGAUGGUUGAUGGAGCGAGGUUUGAUGGAAACAACCUCAUAAUCUCAAGUGGAAAAUCACAAAAUGUAGGAAAUCGGACACCAGAAUUCAACGUUACUUUCACUGAAAAAGAUAGCGGUCGAAAACAUGUUUCUGACAAUAUUGAUCUACCACUUUACACUAACGCGGCGAGGGAGAAAUUAAUUUGCAAUAUUGCAGUUCCAACUAGGGAAUCCCUUAAUGCGGUAAUCUUUUCAGGGGCAGCACUUUAUAUACCGGAUAUUUUAAACGCUUAAAAAUAGUUUUUAGCACAUUUGUAGAAUGGUUUCUGAAUAAAUUGUUUGGAAUUGAAAAUGUUUUCAAAAUAAAAGAAACUGUUAAACUCAUCCCACUUUUGAAGAGUUCGACGGUUUAUUGCAAAUA